UCUAUGGUUAUGACAACAGUUGACAAUUUCGCUUAUAGCAUAAUUUUAAAUUUAAAAUAUAAAUAGUAGAGUUUAAUAUAUUCCAAAAAUGUUAAAUUUUGUGAAUACAGUGACAAAAUUAUGGAAAAAUGUUAAAUAUACCAAGUCGAUGGUCUACAUUUUUAUACAACCUCAAAAAUUUGUGAAAAGAAUUAACAUAACCCCGCAAAUUUUCCAUUCAAAUUUCUUACAAUACGUUAACAAAUAUCAAUUUUUAAAUGCAAUUACCCCCAUUAAACGAAACACAAAAAAUAGCAGAGGUUCCUACGGAAUACUGACAUAUUUCGUAUUAAGCUUAAACAUUUUAAAAUGGCUUGGGUUUGAAGAUGAAGAUGAGAAAAAAGAAUCCGAGCUAAUAAUGACGCUGAAACGUGCUGUACUUUCAACUCAAAGACAAGAAUACAAUAAAGCCGAGCAACUGUUACAUCUCGCCUUAAGAUUAGCACAGCAACAACAAGAUCAACAAGGUAUUACCUACUGUUAUGACUUGAUGGCAAAUUUGGCAUUUGAAACGUUACAACUAGAUAAAUCUGAAAAGUUAUUUGUUAGUGUGCUUCAACGCCUUUUGAGUACAGGCGUAAAAGACAAUGACUUAAAGGUGAUCCACAUAAGUUUAAAACUUGCUCGAAUAUUACAUCUGAAGGCUGAAGUAGAAAAAGCAGAAUUAGGAUAUGAAUGGUGUCUUGAACAAAUAAAAGAUCAGAAAAAUGACAGUAUUGAUGGAAAAAUGCUGUGUGGAAUUAUUCAUGACUGGUAUGCUCAGUUUCUACUGGAUGGAGGACAACUUGAAAAGUCAUUACAACAUUUAAAAGAGGCCUAUAAAAUAUGUGCUGAAAUAGAAGGAAAUAAUACAGAAGCAAAUAUGCUAUUACUAAAUGAUUUAGGAAUAACCUGUUGGAGAGCAGGAGAUCUAUCCAUGGCAGAAAAGUUUUUGAAUGAAGCCAUUGGUGUCGGUUCUAACUUGGAAGACAAAAUGCAUGUUGGCACUGUACAUGCUAAUCUAGGACUUAUUUAUCUUCAGAAAGGAAUAACCAAGCAAGCAAACAAGUAUUGUAAAGAAGCGUGGCAUAUAGGUAGAAAAUAUGAAGACAAUGAAGCUGUAGAACAGGCAAACUACUGUUUUGAUCAGAUAAAAGUUGUUCUAGACCAUGAAAAAUCACAAACAUAGUUUUUCUGAAACAAGAUGUUGUUUUGUUGUUUUAUAUGUUUAGUUGAAAAUAAAAUUCUUUGCCGACUAUAA